AUUCCCCCAGAGCAAGGAGUGGUGUCUCCAGGCGCCCUUCCUGGCCCAGCCCAGCCAGCAUCACCAUGAACAACUCUCCCCACUCCCUCCUGCAGCUCCAGGACCAAGAAUUCUGCAUAAUUGGGGUUCCCACUCUCUGGUCUCCCUCCCUUUCCCAGCGUCAAACUUCUUGGGCAGCUGCGGGGGCAGCGGGUUGGGGAGAAUGGGGUAGGGUCCAGGGCUGGGUAUUUUCCCCAUGCUGCCACUGGGAUCUCCCGCUGAAAUCCUGGCUGUCAGCUACCAGGGAGAGGAGAGAGUGGGGAGACGCUAGAAGCACGGUUCUGGGCACUCAUCAGCACAACCCCUUCGCCUCGGGUGCGAGCGACCCCACCCUUGCAAGCCCUAGUCCUUUGUCAGCAGUGCCCAGGCGGAGCUUGGCGUUGAAGGAGGCACGUGGGGGGGGGGGAGUGAGGAGCUGCACGUGGUCCAGCCUCCUCAGCCCCGUGCACGUCCUCCGCCCCCUGUGAGGAGGGCUUUGGGGAGGUGGGGGCGGGCGGAGGGCGGCUCAGAGGGUGGGGUGCCGGCCCGCGGCGGGAGCUGUCCGAGAGACCUGGUGCUGAAGUAGGUGCGGACGUGCCUGGUGCCCGGCGCGUAGUACUCGGCGCCCAGCACCACGGCCAGCGAGGACCAUGGCGUUCAUGGUGAAGACCAUGGUGGGCGGUCAGCUGAAGAACCUCACCGGGAGCCUGGGGGGCGGCGAGGACAAGGGGGCCGGGGACAAGUCGGCGGCCGAAGCCCAGGGGAUGAGCCGAGAGGAGUAUGAGGAGUAUCAGAAGCAACUGGUGGAAGAGAAGAUGGAGCGGGACGGGCAGUUUACGCAGAGGAAGGCAGAGCGGGCCACACUGCGGAGCCACUUCCGAGACAAAUACCGGCUGCCCAAGAAUGAGACAGAUGAGAGCCAGAUCCAGAUGGCAGGUGGAGACGUGGAGCUGCCCCGGGAGCUGGCCAAGAUGAUUGAGGAGGACACGGAGGAGGAGGAGAGGGCCUCUGUCCUCGGGCCGCUGGCCCGCCUCCCUGGCUUGGAUCUCGGCUCACUCAAGGACAAGGCUCAGACCACACUGGGGGACCUCAAGCAAUCAGCUGAAAAGUGCCACGUCAUGUGACAAUGACCCCCGGGGUUGUCCGUGGGGCUGGCCGGAGGCCCGGGCCACGUGCGAACCAAGGGCAUGCCUCCCACAGACCCACACCGCAUCCUGGCCUUGUUUCUCCUGCCCAGCACUGGCCUCAGGACCAGGCCCCACUCAGCACAAGCCUGCUUUCUGCGUUCCCCCCCUCCACUGAGAACAAAGUCCCCAGUCCUUACACUACCCACCCUCUAUUCAACUGGGAAGCCUCCCAAGAUGGUGAGAGCAGGCCAUGGCCCCAAGUUCCUACACACAGAAGCAUCCGUAGAGAGACGCACAGCGGGACAUGGAAACCCUAGCAUGUGCAGAGGCAUACGCCGCAGACGCAUCCUGGCACACACACAGACACACGUGCACAGCCAGCUCCCCUGUGUGCCUAGCCCCUCUAGAAACCAAUGCUCAGAUAUGCUUAAAGCCGUCUUUGGGAGGGUCCCCUCAGCAGAAAGGAGGCCUGAGUUUGUCUCCAUAUUUAUCUCCUUGAAAGCCACUGCUCUUUCUGGGCUUUAGCUCAUCACCUAUAAAAUGGAGAUAGACUGGGUAAUUUCUAAGACUCUUUCUAGCUUGGCCUCCUUGGCCCUCAGCGCCAAGCUCACACCCCUUCUUGGGCAGGGCAGCAGCUGCAGCCAUAGCCUCAGGCAUCUGCCACUGCACUAUGGCUCCGGCUCCUAGCUGCUGAGCGAUACUGUGUGAGGGACCCAAUGCCAAGCAAGAAGCUGGCACCAAACAAUAGCCCAGGCAGCUCCAGGCCUCUGGGCCCAGGCCCAGGCGAUUUCUGUUCUGUUCCCAUAAAUCUCCCUCCAGAUUCUAUAGCUGGAUCUCCUCUCUCAGCUCAGUGAAAAAUAAAAAUUCCAAGUGACAUACGUGUCUU